UGGGCACGCUGGAUAAUGUGGAUAAUGUAACCGAAGGUGGGCGAGGCAGGCGAAGGGGCCAACGCGGGAACGAAGUGGGUAGGACUCGCGGGACACGAGGGUUCCGCACCAGUCAAAGGAGAGACCCGCGAUAUACACGGCGUCUCGCCAAGUAAACUAAGGUCCGUAUAGCGAGUCACUCUCAAACAAUCGACGCUCCAAGGAAACGGACAGUAGCGCAGAAUCAGCUUCAGAGUGCAGUGGGUGCAACGUGCAGAAGGAGUUGUGUCAUGGAAGUGCUCAAGAGGACUACGUCCUAAAAUUAAUAGAUCCGUUUCGAGGAUUUUUUUCCAGGGAAAUUCUCCCAUGAUGGCCUUGCACGUUGUUGGAAAGACUCUAGUGAGCCUCGCAAUGCUUGCGACUUGCAUAUGCAUCGUAGAGUCAGUGACGAAUAAAGACAUAAGAGACUCAACGAGAAACACGAAAGAAUCUAGUCACGAGUCGGAUGGGACAGAACGUUCGCAUUGGGGCAGGAGAUUAACAUCGGCAACGAGGAAAGAUCCGGGAACAGGAUCGGAUAGAAAGACAAUGCACAGGCUGAUCGGUGGUCAUCUGAAGUCCCUCUCUAGACAACAUGGUGAACAAGGGACUUACGAUGGAGCAGCUUGGGACGACGGUCUCCUUCUCUCAUCGGCAGGUAACGGCAAAGAGAAGAAGAACAACAGCCGAGCAGAGGACGACGAUGAAAAAAAGACGCUUGCUCAACAAGUGAAGGAAGGAAAAUACGGACUAAUUCAAAAUGAGAUAUACCCAAAGAAGCCAAAGAGACCGGGUAUAAUAAGCUACUCGAGCAAUCCCGAGGUACCGAAGGAUACAGCACAGAACCUAGGUGGUCUUGACGAAGAGGAGAUAUGGCUGGCGGAAAAUCAUGUACUGGUGUUGCGAGGUGGAAAUUUUCCUGGUCACGGAACGAGUCAUCAAGGCAACUCCAGGCAAAAAUGGCCGCCAAUCGAUAAUUACGAGGCGCCCAAGCGACAAGUCCAAAUUCCAUCGCGACCCAAGAUACCGCCGCCCUUUCCCGUACAACUCACCGAGGGUGGACCCAUCAAGAUCAUCCAAACAAAUAGCACCGAUGCACCCGACGACGCCAAUAAGUACGACGCUAACCCCUACUACUCGGAGGGUUUCCUACCAGGGGAGGGCCCGUUCUUCCCGUUUUCGGUCAACGGUACGUUCCCGCCGUAUCUAGCGAGUUGGGCCAACUUUACCGACGGGGACGUGUUCCCGUACACGCAAAAUCUAACGGAUGGAGCAUUAGGCCCCCUUUAUCAUGGAUUGCCACCUGGCACGGUCUUCCUCCCACCGCCCAAUAAUCAAACGGAUUACUACGACGAUGAUGAUCAAUCCAUAUACUACCCACCGCGGUAUACAUUCUAUUAUCCUCAAGAUAACACCAGUGCGGUACCGCCAGGUCCUCUAGUGCCAGGAAUUAUUUUACCACCGCCGCCAGACUUCUUUUCCCCGUUUGAGGAAACGACGACGACGUCGACUGCAAGUCCGACUACGUUGCCAACGACGACGUCAAGCGUUCGGACGUCGGAAGCGGAAGAGAGCCGGCCGAACACGACGCCUCAUUAUCCGAAAAGACAUCCCUCGUAUCUGCCCCCACGAAAGAUAAGCACCAAGCCCUACAGGGAUCGUGCAGGCACGUCCACACCUAUCAGUACCAAACUAAGCUACAGAACGAAACACAAGAAUGCCACAAGCGUCCUGACAAGCACGCCAAAAGCCUAUUAUAAGACUGCGUCGUAUGACGAAGGAACGACCCUACCCCCGAAAAAGCCGGCGAACAUUGUAAACGCGGAGUACUAUAGCGUGCGACCCCUUCUUGGCAAUCAAGUGACAGAAUCAAGCCUUUCGGAGAAAAGCCAAUGGUCGGCAACGGUGAGCAGUACUUCGGUUCCCCUUUUGGCUUAUUACGCCACGACACCCUCGCCCCUGGACGUGACGUCAGCCAGCAUCAAGGACGUCACUCCAAACACAAGAGCAGUGCAACCUAAUCAAUUUCCGAAUCAGGCAUCCUCCUAUUACUUUUACGAAGAGGCGAGUGACGAGAUUUCUGGUACUGCUGGCGCUGCGGGUAUUACCGACACUCCUAGCACAGAUGCCACAGCUACCGUCACGGCGCCACCGUCGAUAUACUACCGCACGACCACCACGCCAUCUCCAUAUUACAAAGUGGAGCCAUUGCCAUUGCCGCUACCUCUACCCGUGCCUCCGUCGCAAGACAACAAGCAAUACUACAAAGUCGAGUCGAUACCUUCCCAGGAAACAGCUAAGGACUACAACGCCAAGCUCAUAAAUUCCUUGGCGAAAAAUGCACACGUGUACCAGUACUCGGACUCGGGUGUGGUACUGAAUCCAAAUAAAGGGAACGUGGAAUUGGGACAGCCGCAGAGACAACGGGCACUCGCGGAAUCUGGGCCUGUUUAUUAUCAAACGAUUUCCGUAGGACCCUCUGCCGCGCCAAAGCCCGAACCAUACUAUUAUUCGAAUUUGCAGAAGCCUCCGUACAAUUACGAGAUUAAAACGUCAAACCCGAAGCCCGUCUAUCAGUACAGUUACGAAGCAGCAGAUUACAGAAAGCAGAAGCAGGAACAACCUUACCAUCAGUCGGAGACCUCGCUACCUCCAUCGCGGCGCGAACAGAUUUCUUACAACGAAUAUCAAGAUAUUCAAAGUCCAGACGAACACUACGACUAUGAUGGCAGUGAGCCAGUUCCCCCGCAACGAUUGCAAUCUCAAAGGGCCGCUUAUGAGACGCCUCGAAAGAUAUCUAGUUAUUCGACGACAACGCUUCGGCCCGUCGUGAAAGCGACGCCAAAUCCCAGUCAUGCUUACUUCACUAAGCAGGACGAACGGUUGCUCGAUGACGUAACGAAAGAGUAUUUUAACAUUUUUGGGAAAAAAUUGCCGGAAGUAAAUAAUCUAGUAAGUACCACGCCUAUUUAUGCGCCAUUGAGCAGUACCACCGAAAACCCUCGGUACCAGAAUGAAAACACUUACCUAGCAAACGAUCACGAGGGACACCAAACUGCUAUGUAUAAACACACGGCCAAAGUCAAAAUGCAUUACAAUGACCAAACGCAGAGGCCAUACUCCCUGGAAGGCGACACCCGCGUCAAUUACAAGCAUCCACUGCCGCCCAUAAAUCCUGACAGCGAGUUUAUAACCGUGUCAAAGCCAGAAGCUAACGAACGCUCGCAGAGUUACAAGAUUGAGCAGAUACUGCGGCCAGCUGAUCGGCCUUAUAAAGGUCAAAAUAUCAUUCAAGAGGCGCCAAACGAACCCACUGCCUUUGUGGGUUCUCCGAUCGUCAAGGAGCAACGACCACAGGGUUACACGGUUCAAGACACGAGACAUCCCAACAGUGACAGCAAACGUCCUGCUGCUCCGGUACGCAAAUACCAACAGCAGAAUAAUUGGCACGAAAAUCGAUACGUGCCUUCCAAUUACCCAGAAGAACCGGGUGAAACAGAUUACAGAUCGUUACCGAUAUCUCUUGCCGACGAUAUAGCCGUAAAUUAUCGAAAUCCCCGACCUAAUAUAAAUCCCGAUGCAGAGUUCAUCGGUCCGAUUACUGGUGUUCAGGUUCCUCAAAUUGGACGAGCUUUACGGGGUCGAGAAGAAAACAAAGAGAACGCGUACUUCGCGUACCAGCUGCCGGGCAACGGCGGCGGUCACUUCUACUUCCUGACGCCCCAGGCAGUAUCGCAGAAACAAGACGAGAACGGCGGAUAUCUUUACCCGAAGCCUAACGGACCAAGACUUAUCAGAAGAAGGCGCGGCCCCGCUAAUCACUGAUAACUUUUAAGAAGACUAGAGAUCUAAUGGCAAUCGCGAGAUGCCAUAUGGAAAUCGGUAUGCCACGGGAGCAAGUGGGUGUCAUAAGUGCAAUUGCUGUAUCAGCACGACGCGCUUACAGUAUUUAUUCCCUGUACAUAUAGACGACUAAGUUAGUUAUUAAUACGAUUGCGAUAAUGCUUAAUUUAUGUAACCUAACCUAACUUCCUGUUCUUAGAUGAAUACGCAUUGUUAUCCGCGUGCGACGUAAUGUUCCCACGGUUGUGAUUGACUUUUAUAUACUUAUGUACUAUCUGUGAUUAAAGUUUCAAAUGUACGUACGAAUGGCGUACUCUUUACAAACACGUGGAAUACUUGGCCGCUUGGCGAACCUUUCUCCUUGACUUCCUUCACGCAAACACUUAGUUCGAUUAAUGUUAAUCCAAUCGCUGGCAACUAUUCAAAUUUAUCGUUUCAGCUAGAUUAUACUUGCAUGGUCAUUUAGUAUCGUUUCCUGUACUAAAUAAUGUUUUAAGCUGUAUGAAAGAUUUAAGGAUAUCAAAAAUGUGUAUAUGCGUGUCAGCCCCGCGACCGUAUUACUUAUUCUCAACAGGCUCGUGUAUAAAAAUUGUACAUAUUGAGUGUACAGUGGUAAUUUCAGAUACUAUAUAGAGGUAAGUAUAUUGAUAUUGACGGUAUCGAGAUUUAAGCUGUGUAUUAAGACUAUGAUGAAUCAUUCUAUUGGGUUUAGGUGCAAUACUACAUUAUACGAUUCAUAUUUUGAUACGUCUGUCAUUUUACAAUAAUAAUUAAUAUUCUGGAAUUAUAUUUCUCGCGUGUUAAUAUGUCAACAAAAGUACGAAUGGAUGGGAUUCACUGUAGGAUAUUUUUAACGAUAGCCAAACUUGCACGAUUGUAUCUAAAAACAAGUUUUAUAUUUUUCAUUAUACGAUUCAAGCGUGUUGCGACAUUAUAUUAGUAGAAUGAUCAGUAUACUUCUACACAUUGGACUGUUUUAGCUUUGUAAUUAGCUACUUCUCAAAUAUAAAUUGAAUGCUUUAUCGUUAUGAAACUGUAGAACGCUGCUUACACAAUGAAAAUUUAUAUAGAAAUAAUGUGGACGUAUAAAAAAAUGUAUAUUUUACUGUAUUUAAUCAAAAUUCUUGUCUAUAAUCAAAUAAAUUUUGGUCGCUAACACGUUGUGUGAAAAAAAAGAGAUGAUAUAAAUAUUAACAGAAUGACGAUAAUUCUGUUGUAAGCGAAUUGAAAUAAAUAGAGGUACCAUUCCCCGUGAGCUUAACUGGAAUAUUUCAAUUUCUGAGUAAUUAAAAUUUUUAAAUGAGUGUUUGCAUACUGAUUAAGCCAUUAAUUUCCUGCUAAAUAAAUAAAUUGUACCCCAUUCGUUGCUACAUUCAACGAUUUCUGCGUCUAAUCGUUAACUUUCUUCCUAUUACUUUUACGUGGUCUUUCCAAUCGAACUACAUACAUAGUGCAUUACACUGUAAGUGUAAAUAACACUAAGUUUUGCAAUGGUGUACAAAUGUAAAUCACUCUUUGGUUAUAUCAAUCAGAUUUUUUGUAAAGCAACAAACUUUUACAUGGAGACAGGUAAAUUUUACCAUGGGACGCAGUUUACCGUGUGCACUGUAAAAUUUACUUUUAGCUACUUAAAAUAUUGUGUCUUAUAACGUUAUAAGCAACAAGUAAUGGAAUGGUAACGAUGUUGUACGUACUUGAAAGGUUUAAUGAUAAUGAUAGACCGAAUAACGUAUGACGGAUCAUAGAAAUUUUUAGCGUUCAUAGAAUUUUUGCGUUCGACGCAGCCCCAACGAAUUAUCAAAAAUCUCAAUUCACGUUGUGUUUAGCAAAAAAAAAAAAAUAUAAGUAGUUUGCUAAAAUGAGAAUUGCAUCUGCAAAAAAG